UUCAUUAGUUGUCAAUUUAUCGUGUUCGAGGCUGGGUGUAUGUUGAACAUAAACAUUUUCCUUCACGAUUCACGUACGAAAAUAGAUAAAAAGCGAAAACAUGUUGGUGGAUUUGGAGUUUGAUUAUAAUGAGGCGACAGCGGCAAUGGAUAAAUUUUCUCAAGAAGAUAUCAACGAGUUGCGUUAUUGGUCACAGAAAUUGGAUAAAUCAAAAUAUGUGCCGAAGGAUUUAACUGAUAAACAAUUGGUUUUAUUCUACAAUGCUUGUUAUGGGGACAUGGAUAAGACGAAAGCAUGUAUAGAAAAGUAUUAUUCAUGCAGAAAAAAUGGACCGGAGUUGUUCGACAAUCGUAUUUUGAAGACAGAUGAGUUGAAGCAGAGUGCUGAAGUAUUGGAAUUCUCCGUCCUGCCAGGCAAGUCGUGUGAAGGUUACGACAUCAUCUACCAUCGCCUGCAUGACACUGAACCCUCGAAGUACAACCUGGAGGCUGGCUGCAAACUGCUCUUCAUGACUGUCGAUUUAUGCCUCACCAAACGUGGUCCACAACCAGGGUAUAUGUUUCUCUUCGAUAUGCGUGGUGUGAAAUUCGGACAUCUUACAAGAGUUAGUUUAUCGUCGCUUCGGAAAUUCUUCCAGUACGUUCAAGAGGCAAUGCCAGUACGCAUGCGCGCGAUUCAUGUUUUAAACACAGAGCCAGUCUUAGACAAACUAAUGGUCCUCAUCAGGCCAUUUAUGGAUAAGAAGUUUUUUGACAUGCUCAAAUUCCACAAUAAGAACGAGGAUUUGGAGAAGUUUUACGAGACUGUGGUGCCACGAUCUUCACUGCCUCCAGACUACGGUGGCACUCUUCCAGAUACACAGACCCUGCACAAGAAAUGCAUGCAGCAGCUCCAACUCAUGGAACCAUACUUCAAAGCUGAAGAGGAGCAAAGGAUUGCUGCGUUACCGGACAAGAAAAGGGAGAAGGCCAUGGAAAGGGCAUUCAAGAAUCUCGAUAUCGACUAAAGAUUUGGUAUUCCUAUCAGAAAGGUAAAUCUUGUCUAUUUUAGUAGUAAUUUUUGGCAGUGGAACGACUGGUUUAAUAAAAAAAAAAUAUGUAAAUAGAAUAGAACGUGUUCUAUUUUUAAAUGUUUAAGCAUUUGACAGUUCUAACCUUUUAUGUUAGUUGCCAGUCCAAAAAUAGAAUUGAUUUAGUAUAAUUUCAAGGAUGCAUUUGUGUUUUUUUUCUUAAGUUCAGUUUGGAGCUAAAUAUAAAUUUACAAUCUUGACUUGUUAUUCGAAAGCAUAGUAACGACUAUUUUGGUAAAACAUACAAAUAAAUAUUUGUCAAUUAUAAAUCUUAAAUGACAGAAUAGAUAAAUGCUUAGAUAGUGCUAAUGCGAUUAUAUGGAAAUCGCAAUUAAUACAAAAUUUAGGGAGUAACUAUGAGAGUAAUCAAGGCAAGAUAACUUACAAACUUUAUUUUUGUAAUAAAAGACAUUUUUUGUUUAAUAUAUUUAGAAAAUUGACUGUUGUUAAACUAUAUGUUAGGAUGUUAAUAUAUGUGUGUGGGAGUUUUAUUAAGAUAAAGCUUAGCUUUAUAGAUUAUCUAUAAAUCUAUUAAAACAUAUAGCAUCGACGGAAUUAUAUCGUGUAUUUAAUUUAUGGUUUUUUAAACAUUAACGAUAUGUUCAUUUUUCUUAUAUUUCUGUAUGUCAUGUACAAUCAUAAUUUAAAGACACGGUAUACUGAUUUUUAUUAAUUCUAUAUAA